AUGUCCGAAAAAUUGAAAAAAACGCAACAAACCAAAGUAAAAAAAACCAAUAACAACAAUAAAACCAAAACAAAAUUAUCAUCUUAUAAUAAUAUAAAAAUUUCAAAAAAAAAAGUUGAAAACAAAUCGGAUUUAGUUGUUGAAGCCUCUAGUUCCGUCUCAUCGACUUUCGCGUCUAUUUCAACCUCGGAUUUAUGCGAAGCUGCUUGCUCACAUUUAUCGCUUUACAAAGCAGAAAACCCUGAUAAUUAUCUAACAAAUUACAAGAAAAUAGCUGAUUCGUCUGUAACUUGGUACCGGACAGGUAUUGAAGUUUCCAGGGGAAAGAAAAGGGAGAGAAAGCUGCAUCCACAAAAAUGUCAAGAAUGUAAUUUUAAUGGUGAUCGAAUACAUUUUUGCCAAGAUUGUUUUUAUAUUGGCUGUUGGAAAAAUGGUCAUGCAAGAUCACAUUAUAAAAACACUAAUCAUAAAUUUGCAACCGAUGUGAAAAGAUUAUAUGUGUAUUGUUUUGAAUGUAAUAAUUAUAUUUAUGACUUUGAAUUUGAAGAGAUAAAAAAGCUUGCUGAUAUUAGAGCAGCAGAAGAUGAAUCGAUUGAAAAAGAACCAAAUUCAAAACGAGCAAGAUUUGAAGUAUACAAGCCUACACCUGAAGAAAGUAUUCUUAUUAAUGAAGGUUCAACUUCAUUUACAUGUGCGGGAUUUCGUGGUUUAUAUAAUUUGGGAGCGACAUGUUUCAUGAAUGCAGUAUUACAAACCUUUAUGCAUAACCCAAUCAUAAAAAAUUACUUUAUGAUGGAUAAACAUAAUAGUAAACUAUGUGAUAAAACUUGUUGUAUGUGUUGUGAAGUAGAUAAUCUUUUUCAAGAGUUUCAUACAAAAGAAAAAAAACCAUACCCGCCAUGUUCUUUUCUUUAUGCAAUGUGGAACAGUUCAACUGAAUUAGCAGGAUAUGCGGAACAAGAUGCUCACGAAUUUUUUAUGGCUGCAAUUAAUCAAAUGCAUCUUGAUUCUAGAGAUUGUAAUCAAAAAUGUGAUUGUAUUAUGCAUAAAGCAUUUGCAUUUUGGAUGCGUUCACGAAUCACUUGUAAGGAAUGUAAAAAAGUGAAGAAUAUUGAUGAGCAUAUGGUCGAAUGGCAAUUACACUUAAAACAACGUAAUUUGGAUAAAAGGAAAAGGAAUGGAUUAUCUAAAUUAAAAGCAUCUCAAUCAUCGUCAUCACAAGAUUCAAAUGGUGUUAUUAUUGCUCAUGAUGACGAUGAUGAUAAAAAUGAACUAUAUCAAUGUUUGAACAAAAAUUUAUCUGAAGAAUUAUUAUUUGGAUAUCAAUGUGAAUUUUGUACUGAAAGGAAAAUCAAAAAUGGAAUACCUCCAGAAGAUGCAGCCAAACCUACAGAGCGAUUUCAUCGAGAUAAUAAAAAAACUGUCAAGAAUGAAGCAGAAUUGACAUUCUAUGAAGAGAUUGAUAUGAGUGGUUACACUAGUAUCGCGCAGGAUAUUUUGAUAAAUGGAGGAUCAUUGGAUGAUGUUGAGCCAUUUAAAUAUCAUUUGUUAUCGGUUGUUAAUCACGAAGGUAACUUGAACACUGGUCAUUAUACUGUAUAUUGUAAAAACCGUGGUCAGUCGAUAAAUUGGUAUGAUGGAGGUAUACUCAGGGGCGACAUUAAUAAUAAUGACAUGGAUGUGAUAUUUGUAUUUAAAGACGGUGCCAAUCUUACCAGACGUGAAGAAGCAUCAAUGGCUCGACAUCAAAGGAAUACACCAGACAUAUGUGAAGCAUGUGGAUCAAUAAAACGUCCGAGUUGA